GGUUGGUUUUUCUUUUUUCCUCCACUGCAGGAAGACUGCAGUUAGUCAGUUCUGCAUCCACGGUGAGCGGCGAGAGCUUGUGUCACAUCCAUCCGGUGUCUGUCGACAGUCUGCGCGAAUAUAUCACCUAGAUCGACAGCUUUGGAUUUCCAAAUUAAACUCCCAUAAUGGCUGCGUAUAAACUGGUGCUGAUUCGCCAUGGAGAGAGCAACUGGAACCAGGAGAAUCGCUUCUGCGGCUGGUUCGACGCGGAUUUGAGUGACACCGGUUGCCAGGAGGCAAAGAAGGGAGGAGAAGCGCUUAAAGAGGCUGGGUAUGAGUUCGACAUCUGUUACACCUCAGUCCUCAAAAGAGCUAUCCGUACCUUAUGGAUUGUGAUGGAAGAGAUUGAUCAGAUGUGGUUACCAGUAAUUCGUACAUGGAGGUUAAAUGAGCGCCAUUAUGGUGGACUCACUGGUCUGAACAAGUCUGAAACGGCUGCCAAGCAUGGUGAAGCACAAGUGAAGAUCUGGAGGCGUUCAUAUGAUAUUCCUCCUCCCCCCAUGGAUACAGACCAUGACUACUACGCCGAAAUCAGUAAGGAUCGACGUUAUGCAGACCUUACAGAGGACCAAUUGCCUUCUUGUGAGAGUUUGAAAGAUACCAUUGCCCGUGCUCUUCCAUUUUGGAAUGAGGAAAUUGUACCUCAGAUCAAGGAGGGAAAGCGUGUCUUGAUUGCUGCCCAUGGAAACAGUCUGAGAGGCAUUGUCAAGCACUUGGAGGGAAUGUCCGAGGAAGCAAUCAUGGAGCUGAACCUGCCAACAGGAAUUCCUGUUUUGUACGAGUUGGACAAGAACCUGAAGCCUGUGAAGCCUAUGCAGUUCUUGGGUGAUGAGGAGACAGUGCGUAAAGCAAUGGAAGCAGUGGCCGCUCAGGGCAAAGCCAAGAAAUAAAGGACAGUGUUUACUAGUAGAAAUGAUAGGAACAGGCGUUUACAGGUGCUGAGUUGCAACUCUGCUUUGUAAUGAAUCAAUAACUGGAUGCAGGUUGUUGGGCUGACUUGUGUGUUACAGUUAUUGGUUUAAUUUUUCCUCUCCCAAAACUUAAUUUAAUAAAUUUAACAUCAAAUCACUAUUUACAACAGGGACCACAAACUUGAAUAUGUGCUGUUAGUAAAAGCUGCUACUUUUAUCCACUGCUGUCUGCUGCAUCUACACUCACUGUUAUGUCUAUUGAAUGAUUCAGAAUUAUUAAUGUCUAGAGUUACACAUAGUAUAACACUGGCAGUGAAAGCGCUAAAAAGCAAGUCUUGUCAUAUACAGGUACACUGUUUAUCCUCAAAUUAUGACCAAACAAAUGUAAUAAAAAAUUUCCCAAGCGUACAUUUCAAUAAGUAUACAUUGUAUAUGUUGGACAAUGUUUGUAACAUUUACUUCUGUGAAUAAUUAUGUAUUCAUCUUGUAUUUGUUGUAAGCUCAGCCCUGCUGAAUUCCUGCACCUUAAAAUAUAAUUUCUGAUUUAGUGGAGUUGUAAACAUCACCAAUAACCUGUCUAGUACUUCUGCCAUACACACAGAGUGCUGCUGCCUGUCUAGGUAACUUGCCCAAAGUGUAUGUAGUUUACCGUAGAGCCAACAUGGUAAGAGUGCGCGUGCGUGCAUGGUAAAGUGAACUUCUGUUGUAUACAUCUUCCACAGGGUGAGUAUACAAGCCUUUAACAGAUACUGUAAUUAUAUGACUAUAUGGAUAAAAAAGUGUUAAGCCUGGCCCUAAACUAGGAUUCCUGUGCAAACAACAUACUAUUGCAGUCCCACCAAUCCACAUCAUAAUUAAUUUAUCUUUCAUAUAAUUUGUGAAGUCCACCAUGACUCAUUGCAAUGCACUGUUUUUGAACAUUGAAUCCUCUGUGCAGAUUUAUUAAACGUGUCUUGUGCAGCUGGUCUUG